AUGGCUUCCAGACACCAGAGUCUGAACGAGGAGUUAAAUUGUCCGGUUUGUCUGGAGAUCUUCACUAAUCCGGUCACCCUGGAUUGUGGUCACAGCUUUUGCCGCUCCUGUAUCUGCUGUAACCAGAGCUGGGAAAAGAAGGAGAGAAAUGCCUGUCCCGAAUGUAGAACAGUCUUUUCCAAGAGAACCAUGAGGUGCAACUGGGUCUUGGCGAGGAUGGUGCAGAAAGUUCGACAGCUGAACCCGGCCCCGAAAGAGACAGAAAGAAGACCUUACUGUGAGGAGCAUCAGGAGGAACUGAAACUGUUCUGUGAAACAGACAAGAAACUGAUGUGUGUGGUUUGCAGAGACGCCCGAGAACACAGAACCCACAGCUUCAUCCCCGUAGCGGAGGCUGUUCGGAUCUAUAAGGAUAAAGUGCAAUCCUCCUUAGACUCUCUCACACAGAGGAAGGCCGCAGCUCUGGAAGCUGAAGGGAAACAGAAAGAAAAGAUUUCACAAGUGAAGGAACAGGUGAACAGUCACCAGAACCACAUCACGGCUGAGUUUGCUAAAAUGCACCAGAGCCUCACUGACAGAGAGCAGCGUGUGAUCCGAGAGCUCAGACAGCGAGAGGAGGAGGUGUUACACCGAAUGGAUAAAAACCUGCGAGAGAUUCGGGGCAAAUUAAAUUCUGUUCAGCAAAAGAUCUCAGAGUUACAGAAACAGAUGGAGACAGACGCUCUCACCUUUCUGCAGGAGGAAACUGCUCGGAAAAGAAGGAUCAGUGAUGAAGAUUAUACACUGUCACUAUCUGAGGGGGAUCUGCCGGUGGGGAUAUACAAAGGGCCUCUACAGUACACAGUCUGGAGAGACAUGAGACACAGCAUCAGCCCAGCUCCGGCCGCUCUGACUCUGGAUCCUGACACAGCCCAUCCCCGGCUCAUCCUGUCUGAGGACCUGACCAGUGUGAGACUCGGAGACAAACGGCAGCCGCUCCCUGACUCCCCGAAGAGGUUUAGUAACUAUCCCAUCGUCCUGGGAUCUGAGGGCUUCACAUCAGGGAGACAUUACUGGGAGGUGCAGGUGGGCAACAAGACAAUGUGGAUUGUGGGAGUGGCCACAGAAUCUGUCAACAGGAAACAACCAACCACUUGGUCACCAGAGGGUGGGGUCUGGGGUAUGGGGUUGGGGGGUGGGGUCUAUAAGGCUCUGACCUCACCCCCCACCCGCCUGCCCCUGACAGUGAGACCCGGGAAGAUCGGGGUUUACCUGGACUAUGAGGGGGGACAGGUGUCAUUUUACAACGCUGACAACAUGUCCCAUCUCCACACUUUCACCCACACUUUCACUGAGAAGCUUUAUCCUCUCUUCUGUCCCUGUAAUAGUGAAGGCGGGAAAAACUCGGAGCCUCUGAGAAUCUGCCGGUUAGACAGAGCCCCUCCUGCAGCACCAGAGCGGGAAUGGGCUGUGGCCAGACCGGGCGGGUCUCUGGGUGUGGGGCUCCCCGUUGAGAUCAGGUUUCUAUUGGAGCCUUUUGUCGGCGGCGGCAACGACGACCCCCUGAAGGGGGAGAGCGACGAGGGACGAGGCCUGAAGCCCAGAGACAGCAGCAGAAUAAACUUUGCUCCGUUUCCUCAAUCUCUGUGGCGCUUUUCCACAAUCUUCACCUUAGCAGUUCCAAAGGUGAAAGUGAUCGACGUGAUCUGCAGUGAAGGAGUGGGACACACACAGCACAGAAACACUGAGACCAUGGCUUCCACACACCAGCGUCUGAACGAGGAGUUAAUUUGUCCGGUUUGUCUGGAUCUCUUUACUGAUCCCGUUAUCCUGGAUUGUAGCCACAGCUUCUGCCGCGUCUGUAUCACACGGUGCUGGGAAAAGCUGGGGGAGAGCUCCUGUCCUGUGUGUAAAAAGACUUUCCCGGAAAGAAACCUCAGAGUCAGUCGGGCACUCGCGAAUCUGUCGGAGACAGCUCGGGAAUUGAACCUGGACCCGAAAGACAUGAGAAUUAAACUUCUCUGUGAGAAACACCAGGAAGAACUGAAGCUGUUCUGUGAAACUGACAAGAAGUUGAUCUGUUCCAUCUGUAGAGAUGCACGAGAACACAGAGAUCAUAGCUUCCUACCCAUUGACGAAGCUGUUGAAAUCUACAAGGAUAAAGUGCAAUCCUCCUUAGCUUCUCUCACAAAGAGGAAGGCCACUGCUCUAGAAGUUGAAGUUAUACAGAAAGAAAAGAUUUCACAAGUGAAGGAACAGGCGGACAGUCUGGAGAACCACAUCACGGCUGAGUUUGCCAAAAUGCACCAGAGCCUCACUGACAGAGAGCAGUGUGUGAUCCGAGAGCUCAGACAGCGAGAGGAGGAGAUAAUACACCGAAUGGAGAAAAAUCUGCGAGAGAUUCGGGGAAAAAUAGCUUCUGUUCAGCAAAAGCUCUCAGAGUUACAGAAACAGACGGAAAAAGAUGCGCUCACCUUUCUGCAGGAGGAAGCGGCUCGGAAGAGAAGGGUCAGUGAGGAUGAUUUUCACCUGUCAUUAUCUGAGGGGGAUCUGCCUGUGGGGGUAUUCAAAGGGCCUCUACAGUACGCAGCCUGGAAAGAGGUGCUGGACAAUAUCAGCCCAGUUCCGGCCUCACUGACUCUGGAUCCCAACACAGCCCAUCCACGGCUCAUCCUGAACCAGGACCAGAACACAGUGAGAGAUGGAGGGAACAGACAGAAGCUCCCAGACAGCCCCAAGAGGUUUGAUUGCUGUGUCUGCGUCCUGACAUCUGAGGGCUUCACAUCGGGGAGACAUUACUGGGAGGUGCAGGUGGGCAACAAGACUGGGUGGGAUGUGGGAGUGGUCAGAGAGUCCAUCAACAGGAAAGGGAAUGAGAUGGCGUUGCCGGAGGCUGGAUACUGGAUUAUAUGGUUGAGAAACGGGGAUGAAUACAAGGCUGCCACUUCACCUCGUACCCUCCUAACCCCGAACACGAAACUCAGGAAGAUCGGAGUGUACCUGGACUACGAGGAGGGACAGGUGUCAUUUUACAACGCUGACACCAUGUCUCAUCUCCACACUUUCACCCACACUUUCACUGAGAAACUUUAUCCUUAUUUCAGUCCCUGUUUCAUUGAAGGUGGGAAAAACUCAGAGCCGCUGAGAAUCUGCCGGUUAUAACACAUUUUACCUCAGUUUCCAUGUGGUUCGCUGUCUCUGGUUUCUGGGAAUACGGGGUGGGAGUGGGUGGGGGGGUGUUGGUGGGGAUUUCAGAAGGAGGUGAAGAGCUUCCAGUCUCCAAAGAUGAUGUGUGGUGUGACGGACGUUAUAUAAAUGAAAGUUGUUGCCUGGGCGCAGGGUUUCCUGUUGACAUCAGUUUUCUGUUGGUUUGUGUCUGGAUUGUACCCAAAGUGUAAACUUGGCUCAAAAUAAAGCGUCUGAUACAACGUCAA